AAAGAUGAUUUCUCAGACUUGUAAAAACCAUCGCACGUUUCCUUCUCGGCAGUAAGCUGGGUGUGUGUAUAAUGCCCGGGAAUGUAGGAAUCCACUGGCUGGAAGGUGGGAGGUGAGAGUGAGGAGACGCUCAUUGAGGGUAAUCUGCCGAUUUCUACCUCCACCCCCACCCAUCGACCGGGAAAUGUCCGCUUCCCCCUCGGAACCAGCCAUCGUAAAGCGAGAGGGACAUGUUCCUGUAAACCGUUAACUCUAUCCGCUAAAGGCUACAAACACACAGGCAGCUGCCAAAUCACUUUCCUCCCAUGAAGAUAUAUUUUCAUAUUUCUGUCCAUCUUAUUUCGAAACCACAGCAAAUCCAAGCCGCCAAAUUAGGGCAUUUUCAAAAACUCUUUGUUACGUUAUAUUCAAAUGAGCUGUAGUGCAGAGUACAUUCCCUUUCCGACCCCGAGUCUGCAAGAGGGUUUCUCCUCAUUGUCUCUCUGUGUCUGUCUCCGGGCUAUGGAGUUCUCAGAGCUCAUUAAAACGUCGAAAGUUGACCAUGUGCUGCUCUCUCGGCCGUUCCUGCCGCCUGUGAAAGGCACUUUGUGCAUAACCAGCCACCAUCUGCUGCUUUCCUCUAGGGCUGGCGACAAAGAGGAGCUUUGGCUGUUACUGAGGAAUAUAGAUGCCGUCGAAAAGAGUGUGCAGAACAUAAGUGGAUACCAAAGCAUCAAAUGUGUAAAUCAGCAGAAUGGAGACAGAUAUACAGGGUCUUCAGGGAUAAUAACUAUUAAAUGUAAAGACUUGUGUGUUAUGUACCUGGAGAUACCAGGAAUGGAAGAAUGCUUGAACGUUGCCAAGUCCAUUGAGUCUCUGUCUUCUCUGGAAUCUGUCAGACACAUGUACCCCUUCUUCUAUCGGCCAAAGGAACCGAACCUUCAGGAAGGCUGGAACUUAUUUACUCCUGAAGAACAGUUUACUAAGCUGUCUUUACAUACCGAUAAUUGGAGACUCAGUUACGUGAACAAAGAGUUUGCUGUGUGUUUGAGUUACCCUGAAGCAGUGAUUGUUCACAAGGCUGUUGAUGAUGCAGCUCUAAAGACCAUAGCCUGCUUUCGUCAAAAUGGACGCUUUCCAGUCCUGAGUUACCACCACAAGAGGACUGGAAUGGUGAUAAUGCGGAGUAGUCAGCCACUGACUGGAGCCAAUGGCAAGAGAUGUAAAGAGGAUGAACAAUACCUGGCUGCUGUUCUCCACCCUGAUAAGAAAGGUUAUAUCAUUGAUACCAGAUCCACACAAGCUGCCCAUCAGGCAAAGGUGAAAGGUGGAGGCUUUGAAUCUAAAACUAAAUACCACAAUUGGAAAAGACUACACAGAUCAAUAGAGAGAGGCAGAGUUCUUCAGGAAAGCCUGAUUAAAUUAGUCGAUGCUUGUAAUGACCAAUCCAAUAGCAUUGACAGGUGGCUCAGUAAACUGGAGGCUUCUAAAUGGCUGAGCCAUGUUAAAACUAUAUUGACCAUCGCGUGUCUGGCUGCACAGUGUGUUGACAGAGAAGGAGUGUCUGUCCUGAUCCAUGACUCUGAAGGGAGAGACUCCACCCUCCAGCUCACAUCGCUGGCACAAAUCAUUCUGGAUCCAGACUGUCGAACCAUUGAUGGUUUCCAAGCACUUAUCGAGAGGGAAUGGUUACAGGCAGGACAUCCUUUCCAACACCGCUGUGCCAGUUCAGCGUAUUCACAUGCCAAGCUGAAACAAGAAGCACCCAUCUUCCUCAUCUUCCUGGAUUGCUGCUGGCAGAUGAUCAGCCAGUUCCCUUGCUCGUUCCAGUUUAAUGAGCACUUCCUGAUCACAUUGUUUGAACAUGCCUAUGCAUCCUGCUUUGGGACAUUCCUGUGUAAUAAUGAAAAGGAACGGUUUACUCUGAAUGUGAAGGAACAGACCAUUUCGAUUUGGAGUCGGAUGAACAGACCUUGUGAGCGAAAGCAAUACAUGAAUCCUCUGUACGAAAGAAACAACCUCACCAUCUGGCCUUCUGUGGCUCCGCAGAGUUUGCAGCUUUGGCAAGGGUUGUUCCUGAGAUGGAAUCGAUCACCAGAGCAUCAGAACGAGGCAUGGGAGCAGAUUCAUCACAUAAUGGAAUCCUCCAGGAGAAAACCACAUCCAACAAGUGCACAACUGUCUGUCCCAAAGGAAGACCACUGAACUGUCAGAGCUUUCAGCACUUGGUAUUCAGAGGCCACUGUCCAUCUGAAUGACUUUCAGAACUUUUCAGCCUCAUCCUUUCAAGAUCACAACCAGCUGGAGGGAUGUAGAAAAGACACAACUAUAACUCAGACUGUUCACCCACCGAGAUCAGCGAAGGGAACUGAGUUGAAAGGAGAGUAGGAGAGAAAGCAGUUUCCAUCUUGAUUAACACAAUAGUAGCUGAAUAAAAGUUUUAAAACUU